GCCGGCCGCCGGCACACUUCGCCGCGAGUGCUCCGCCGGGUUGCACGCGCCGACUCGCCGCCUCCGACUCGCAAACUUUACUCGAGCUCCGACUCGGCCGGUCAGCGGUCCGCGCCAACCGGAACAUUUCUACCCGCGAACACCAAAACAAUUACAUCGCGUCCCCAUAACGUCAAAAACUCUACACGCAAGUGACAAUUGGAGUGGACGAAAUCCAAAGUGAUCCAUUGUCGUGACUGUGGUAUUGUUUCUGUGGAUUGAAAGGACUAGCUUGGAAAAACUGGCUCUAUCUUUUUUGUGUUUACAAUUGCGAAGAGGAGAUUGAUUUAACCGAUAAUACAGCUGUGUGAUGCGCGAGCGCGAGUGACGACACCACCAUGAUCCGAGAUCCACCGGCCAUGCAUAAGCCCGACAACGCCAGCAGUCAGCAAGAUGAGAACAAAUACAGCCUCAGCAGUAGCGUGGUGGGCAACACGGGCGGCGCCAGGCUCUGCGCCCAGUGCGGCAAGGUCAUCACCGAGCGGUUCCUGCUCAAGGCCAUGGAGCGCUUCUGGCACGAAGACUGCCUCAAGUGCGGCUGCUGCGACUGCCGCCUCGGCGAGGUCGGCUCCAAGCUCUACUACAAGGCUGACCUUAUGCUCUGCAAAAGGGACUACCUUAGGUUAUUCGGUGCCACAGGCAACUGUGUGGCGUGCAACAAAGUCAUUCCCGCCUUCGAAAUGGUUAUGCGAGCCAAGAGUUUCGUUUACCACUUAGAAUGCUUCGCCUGUCAACAAUGCAACCACAGGUUCUGCGUGGGCGACAGAUUCUACCUGUGCGACAACAAGAUACUGUGCGAGUACGACUACGAGGAGCGGCUCGUGUUCGCCAGCAUGGCGGCCAAUCCCAGCGGCUUAGCGCACAUCCGGCGGCAGGUCAGCGGACUACAGUCACCAAGCGGCGGCUACGUAGCGGGCGGCUGCGGGGCGGGGGCGCCGGCCGCGGCCCUCGACAAGGACGGCGGCAACUGCGCGGGCGCCGACGACGCGUCCAGCGGCUACGGCAGCCCGCCCGACCCCGACGUGUGCGAUGCUGCGCGAUGACCGACGAUGCCGCGCCGACUUCUCGCCUCGGUGAAACCCCACUGAGUAUCGGAGUCACUAAGGCCGCGCGCAGACUGUUCCGCAGCGGGACGCACUUCUGACAACCGACGAUCGUCUCUACGCGCAGUAGUCCGGCGUCCCAUCUUCAAAAACUAGCCAUCACCGACAACAAUCAUCUAUAAAUAGUUAUAAUAAGGCUUUAUUUUUUAUCGUUUCACAACUCACUUCAAAGUUGGAAAAUACAUAUAAUCGAUGUUAAUAAUAACACAAUAUUUAGUGCAAAACCGGCUAAGUGCAAAACAUCGAAGCGUCUCGCUCGCUGAACAUAUUUUAUAAGCGUCGCACGAGAGUACAUUAGGCUAGAAGGCGGGCCAUGGAUAUGUGGCCACUUUACAAAGUGUCCGGGAUGAGUCGCGAUAACGUUGUCAGAACACGAUAUUUCCAUUAUGUAUACGAUUUGAGCUCUUGUUUACAUGUUAAGAUAGCGCGCGUGGGUAGAGGACGCGCUCUCGCCACAUCUUGCGCUUAGCCACAUUAGCCACGCCCCGUAUUCUUCAGUAAUAAUCUUUAAACCAAUAUUCGCUCAUGCAUUUUCCAGGUGUGUUCAUUAAUUUUCAAUUUCAUACCCAUACUCUUAAGAGUUUUCUUCGACCAGACGCGUACGCGUCUCUACAAUCGAAACUUUUCCGAGUAAUGAUCAUAUAGGUAACGAAUUCUCAUCAUACAACGAUUCAGGUCCAGACACUAAAAUAAUAAUGAUAAUAAAAUCGAUCUCAUUGUUAUGGAGUGUGUACAUUUAGAAAACUAAUAUUGUUAUCAUACAAGGUAUGAAGUUUUUGAGGAUGAUUUUCUUUCUUAUUAUUUCUUUAUUGAUUGGUUAAGUAUAUUAAUGUUAUUUUUUACCAAAGAUAAGUUUCCGUUAAAAGGAUUUUUUAUGAUUAAUAAAAUGCAAAUGAGCUACGAUUUAUGUAGGUUUUAGUGAUAUAAUCUGGUAUUCAGAGUGGUGCGAUGGUUAGUUAGUGCUACCUCUGUGUAAAGUUAAAAACUGUUUAAGACAUUUUGUAUGAUUGUUUUUGCCGCAGCUUCAGUGAAUGUUGAUCGCGUGAUAAUAUCUGUAAAUUAAAUAUUUUUGAAUUCGCUAUAAUAUGUUAUGUUGAUUCUUUGAGCAAGUGACCCUGUAGGUAAACGCUAAAGUUUUUAAGAUAAAAUAAAUAAUGUAAAAUAAAGAUUUCUACGAUAAAAGAUGUAUUUAUGUAAAAAAAUUGAACUGUCGUUUGUUAGAAAUAUCAGCUAGAAUAAUUAUGUCAUCGUCUAAAUACAUGCAGUUAAGAU